UCAGACCGAACUGAAAGUUUUCAUUGAAAAAUGAAGAAUUAAUGGUAAAGAAACAGAUAUACGUUUCGAAAGUAAGAGAAUUCGGGUUGUUGUUAGUGUUAUAUGUACAUAUAUUUUAAUAAAUAAUGUCGACGAAGUCCUCGGUUGAUUUGAGGGCGGAACUCGCUGAAUUAGUGAAACGAAAAGCUGAAAUAGCUGAUACCCUUGCUAAUUUAGAACGUCAGAUCUAUGCAUUCGAGGGUAGUUACUUGGAAGACACGCAACUAUAUGGCAACAUAAUACGUGGUUGGGACAGAUACUUAGCCAGCAACAAAAAUACAAAUAGUAAAGCAGAUAAACGUAAUAGGAAGUUUAAAGAAGCUGAAAGGCUUUUUUCAAAAUCUUCCAUCACCUCCAUGGCAGCCGUCAGUGGGCUCGUCGAGAAUACCCAGGAAAAAAUUGACCGGUACAGCGAAUCGGAGUCACAGAUCGGGAACAGCGGUAGCGAGGACAAUUGCAGUCUCGUGAACUCCCACGGGACAACCGGGAAUAGCACCACUAGCAACGGUAACAAGGAGUCAUCCGGAAAGAACCACUCCGUAACGGGCCAGUAUAAUCAGAACGGAUCCCUGUCUUCCUCCGCUGAGAUAUCCGGACAGUUUGCGAACGGGCAUGCGAGCAACGGCAGCCUCGAGCACAUCUCCUUGAAGGAAAACACCGGGAAGGAGUCGUCGAAAAAUAAAUCUGGGAACAGUGCGAAAAAGAAUAGCAAUAAGAGGUCUAGGAACAGGUAGAACACCUCUGGCUCGCUAUUUGUUUGCAAUAGCUCUUCGCCUCUCAAGGACGAUCAAAUGGACAUUUACUUCCUCGUAUCACAGUCUUACGUUUUGCUCACGAUACUUCACUCUAUUUUAUAAGAAACACACCACGAGCGUCAUAUUUUUAACGAAGAACGAACUAUAAGGCUUUCGAAUAGUCGUAAGGGUUUUGAAGUUAGUUGGAAGGUAAAAGCUGAGUCGAGGUGCUGCGUGGGUUUUGAGGACCAAAAAGAGAGCACAUUUUCUAUAAAUAUUUCUAUAAAUAUAACAAACUAACUGGGUUGUCCAGAAAGUUCGUGCUAAUUUUUAAGAAAAAUUCAAAGGCACAUAUGAAUUUUGAUAUAUAUUUAUUGAAUUAUAUUGUUGAGUUUCGGCAUAACGAGUUAACAAGAACUUUAAUAAAUAACAAUUAGCUUUACAAUAGAAAUGUGUACGUCUCCAUAGAAGUGGGUCCAUCCAAAAGGUGCUCGCAACAAUAUAAAUACCAUUUUGUUCCACGACCUUUCCACCUUUUAAGGGAUAUACCCAUGUUAAUUGUUUUCAAUUAUUCCAAUUUAAACAGACGUGUACCACCUACCAAAAAUCGGCACGGACUUUACAGACAAACUAAUAAAUGGGUAGUUUGGAAAGUAAUAUUCGUAUUUAGUCCACCGGAAUGAUAAUGGUACUUUUAAUCAACGACUUUUGCCCUAAACUCUCUUAAAAAAAAGGGGUGGAAUAUCGACUGCGUAGUAGUAGAUUCAAAGAAGCACCAUUUCGUUAGUGUUCAAUAUUUUGUAAAAAAAGCUCUACGUCACUUUCCGCAGAAUAUUGUUUUAUUUAACAAUUCAUCAGUCUAAUUACAGCCAGGUCUCCAUAAAUGCACAAAUUUCUCUAUGAUAAAUGCAAAAAUAUAUAAAAUAUCUAAGCAAUAUAAUAUAUAUUACAGUGUCUAGAAAAUAAGUCAUGCUUUUAUUUAUAUUUCAAUUCUUCAUCUGGCUCUGUGCAAGUAUAAAUUUGUAUAAGCAUUCGCAGUAUAAUCACUACAUGUUUUGAUUAUUUUAGUUGAUUCAGUGUAAUUGUUUAUCUUAUGCGUUCCAUUGUUAUUUGUUCUGGUCUGUACAAUUUUUCUUAGAGCAGUUUUUAUUGAGUAAAGAUCAGAGUUUUUAUGAACAUGAAAUUACGCUACCAAUUUUUGACCCAAAUGGUCAAUAUAUAACUAAACGUGUAACAAUUAAAUUUUUUUUUCUUUGCGUUAACAAAGAAACGAGAUUAUUUUCCGAACAACCCACUGUAUUCUAUCAACUUAUGUUGUUCGAAAGAUAACAAUAGUUCAUAAAUUUUUCAUUAAAAAAUAAUCAAAAAUAAGAGUGGUUUUCAAAGAUCCUUUAGAAAACAUAAACUGUCCUCGCGGUGGUCAGGAAUUACUCAUGAUAGCUUUAUCUGAAAUGAAGAAACCAAAUAUUUUCUAUUAGUACUUGAGUACAGCUCUCAAAAAUUGAAAUUUGAAUUUUUAGCAGGUUUGUAUACAAAACUGUCCAAUUUUCUGUUAAAUCUAGACCAUGUAUUAUCUUGUAAAAUAAAUUACGUUCAAAGAAAAAGAAAAUCCUUUGUUCAAUCACGAGCUAUACUCACGUACUAACCAAAAAUAUUUGGGUUUUUGAUUUCAGAUAAAGCUCUUAUUUUUUAAUGUUUUUUAAUGAAAAAUGUAUGAAAUAUCGUUCAGAUGUUACUCUUUCGAACAACGUAAGUUACAAUAAUAUAAUUUAUUUAGUUUGUUCGUAAAAAUGUAUAGAAAAUGUGCUUCCUGUUUGGCUCUCAAAACUCAUGUAACCCUUCAAAGUAUUGGUCUUAAAGGACAGAUCGCUUGAUGUUGAAGUAUAGAGUGUUAACAAAAAAUAUACAGGACCUUUUUUCAGGAUCAAGUCUUCACACAAAUACAAAUCGAAAAGUCCUUUACCAUUUUAUAAUUUGAGGCUUCGUUGUUGAGAUAUAAGCAGAUGAAAUUUACAAGCAGAUGUGCAAAUUUACAUUCAAUACACACCCGCUAAUCCAAAUGACCAACGAUAAAGUUUGAGAGUCUAUAAUAAAGUUUGGGUCAGGUGUUAUGAGGUUCUUGGUAAUUUAGUUAACAGUUUAGUUUAAGUUGGGACUAAAUUGAAUCUCAAGAAAUAUUUGAUCUAAAUUGAAGAAAUGAAGUAGAGAAAUAUUUGACCCAAUCUGUACUAAAUCGACCACCGAUAAAGUUUGAGAGUCUAUAAUAAAGUUUGGGUCAGGUGAUAUGAGAUUAUUAGUAAUUGAGUUAACACAAGUUGGGCCUAAAUUGAAUCUCAAAAAAUAUUUUAUCUAAAUUUAAGAAAUAAACUAAAGAAAUACUUGUCCCAAAACUUGGUUCUAAAUCAAUGCUGAUGACAUCAUACCAUCUUGCCUAAACUUUAUUGUAGAAUUCCAAGUCAUUUUCAAGUGCAGCGAGUAUGCAUCAAUGCGUAAUUUCUCCUGCGACUUUUCGAUUUCUAUUUAUGUAAAGACUUGAUCCUCAAAUGAUGUGGAUCCUACAUAUUUGUUGUCACUCUGUAGAAUCCUUCAGUAAUUAUUUUUUCUCGUUUAACCCCGAACAAAUGAAAUAUGUUUAAUUGUAGAACGAUGAAUAUGGUACUGUGACAAAUUUAGUUUGAAUUCGUAACGGAAUCAAUUCGAGUAUUAAGAAAUUGAAAUUUUUUUUUCGGUAUUCAGUCAGUUGAGCAGUAUUUGUUAGGUUUAAGGCUAGGUAUGAUAGAAUUGAGAAUCUCGUUUCGUUCAGUUUUUAUUCGUUCUAUUUCUUUUUUUAAUAAAUAUGAGAUCUGUUUCUAAGAAUUGGAAUUAGUCACAUUUUGUGAUAAUUCUGUUUAAGUUUAGUACAAGAGAUACUAAUUAUAAUAUUCUCAAUUUCAAUUUUAACGUCUAUAGUAAUCUCUUUAUUUGUGUUACACUGUUCCUCAUUUUUUAUAACGUACAUAUGAAAAUUUUAGUUACGGUACUAAUCAGAUUAAAAUUAAAUUGCGCAUGAAAGUAAAGCUACCGUAUAUCAAUCUAAAAGGUUUUAAUAACUAAGAUAAUUUUAAAACAUAGGCAAAAAAAAUUGUCUUAUUUUUUAUAUUCCAGACAAAUUUUCGUCACGCGAAUAAUACUCAUACUUUUUUUUUUUUUUUUUUCUUAUGAUAACGUAUUACUUUUUGUAUUAUCUUUUCGUCAUAGCAAUUUUUUAAAUCGAUGACGUUGGUACUCUAAAAUUAAAAUUUACAAAAAAAAAAUAUUUUUUUGUAACCCCAAAUAUAAAUAUUGUUAACAAAGAAGUAGAAGAAUUAUUACCGUUUUUUCGUGUCGAUUCGUUGUAAAUAACUAAGAUACUUUGUAGUAUAAGUACAAAAAAAAAAUGUAUUAUGAACACUUAUUUAUAAGAACAACAAUUUAUACUUAACGUUGAUGUUUCUUUUACCUUUCUUUCUGGAUUCUCAUCUUUUUAUCGUUUAACAAUCCUCGCAUUUAAUUAGCGAUGGAUACUUUCGACUGCUUUACUAUUUACUACGUUCGUAUUAAAUACACACGGUGGUGCGAACAUAUAUGAAAUGUAUCCUUACACAAAACAUUAAUUAAAAUUACAAAAUAAAUCUUAUGAGGCACAACUAAAUAUCAAUUAUGUUUAACAUGUAGUCUUGUAGUUUUUUGUAGUGCUAAUUUAGAACUAUGUUUGUCUCGGA